CAGAACAGAGCACACAGCGUUCCCCGCAACAGCUGCGAGCUACCUUGUUAUUCCUCCUCGUUACGGAAGUACUGAAGCCGGCAAAGGGGGGCCAGUAGAGAAACAGGAGAGGAGCAGGGCAAGUUAUAAACGGCCGCAUUGUCACACGGCGGUCCCGGACAACAUUACGGCACCGGUACAAGUCGAGGACAUCACCAGAACAUUAAAGGCUUCUCCGAUGUUCGUGCGGGAUUAUAAACACGACAGCGAGACUAGUAGAGGUGCCGAGUGGAUUUUAUUAAACAGGUAAGCGAUGUUCUCGUCGUUUUGGAGGAAAUGCAUUCGGGCUCAUGGUGUCGAAACGAGGGCUCUCGGAGAGCUGCGCUAUAAUAAAUUAUCCAGUCUGCCUACUGCGGCGCCCAUGCAGUGUUUUGGGAAAAUUCAAUACGAGCCAGCGGUAGCUCCAAGUAAUCGCAUAUACGACGGUGCUAUAUGUGUAUCCUAUGACAUACAACGUUAGAUAACAUUUUAAACGUUUAUUCACGGCUCCCAUCCUCUUUUGUUCGAGUCCCCCACCGUGUCCCUGUUUGCUGGUAGCCUGUGUGUGUCUCUUUAAUUUAGACAGCAGGCUACGUGCAAACUUGCUGGGGUAAGGAUGUUUGAGCGGCACGUAGGCUGUGUAUCAAGCCCCCGUGAUCAAAAUAGUCCUGAGACGUUUUGUUACCGUUUCACCCAGGAUUUCUUUUUUCGAAUCAUCUGGAAAAGCUGUUUUUUACAAUGGACUGUAGGAUUAUAGGAGUGCCAUGGCCACCAUGGACCAAAGUUUGCAUAUUCUGCAGAAAACGACCGACGUCUCGAGCGACAAGAUCGUUCAAGAUGUGCCGACGGGGCUCGCGCUGGACAUGAGCUUAAGUAUGGACAGACGAAACGAUUUCGCGGUUCAACCAAUGGUCGGACUUCCGGACAAAAUUCCCCUAGUUAAACCUUACUUUAAAAAGAAACACGGACAACGAAAACUUGACACCAAAUGUCUACACCGGGCUCUCGAAGACCCUAUUCUCCAGACCUUGCUGAGUACGGACGCUCUGGUCACAGGCGACGGAGUGUUUGUUCCCCACAGUCAAACGAGUCGGACCCCGGGAAACAUAUGCGCGGCGGCGGUGGUGAAACAAACAUGUAUCGGUCAGGUGUGUCUGAAGAAUUCGGGGGCUGGCGGUGCGGUGGCAGGGUUGUUGGCCCACGACACCGACGCGGAAAUGGCCGACACUACAGCGGAACUGGAAGAGACGGAGCGACGGAGAGUGGAGCGGCCAAAGCUCGCGGUACUAGCGAUUCAGAGGGUCGCGAUGGAUUCUAACUCUGACAACCACUGCUUUCAACUGAAGCCUUCCCUAGGUGCCGUGAGUCCAGCGGCCGGGGGGACUGUUGCAAUGACAACACCUACCCGGGUCACUCCCAUAGUAUCACCCCCACCUCCUCGCCAAGAUAGGGGCAUUAAAACCGGUGACCUCUUCGCCUCUGAAGCCUUGCGGGGGGCAAAUUGCCUCCCCAUCAAAGCGACCAGAGGCCCUCCUCCACUCACCCAGGCCUCUCAGUCUGACAAAGGAGUGAUAUUUCAGAAUAAAAGUGAGGAGGCCUCAUUGGACCUGGUCUUUGAGCUUCUCACUCAGCUUCAGUAUCAUACGCACCAGUCGGACGCGGUGUCCGUUUGUGUGGAUUUCCUGCAGGGUCUGUGUGUGUACGGCAGUGACUGUGCCCACCACCAUACUGUGUUGCCCUACCACUGGCAGAUCCACAGCAGCAGCAGUCACACCUGGCAGAGCAUAGCGGACGAGUCCCAGGAGCAGCUGGAGAGACUGUACUGCAACCCAGACAACGAACAAGUCAGGCUCAAAUUCAAGGGUCGAGUGUUCUCCCUGGACUUCGGGGCCUUGCUUGUGUGUGAUAUGGAGUUUGACCGUGUCCGGAGGCUGUCCACGCCCCCCAGCCCAGCGAAUACACCCCCAAGCCCCAGCCCCAACCCCGUCCCAAGCUGCCACACCGUGUGGAAGUACUACUGCAGAGACAACUUCGGCUGGAGGGAAUACUCAGAGCCGGUGGUGAGGUUGAUUGAGGAGGCAAGCGGCCGCGGGCUGAAGGAGGUGCGCUUCAUCACACUGCAGAACCAGUACAUCCUCAACAUCAAGGAGGGCUUCCAGCAGAACGCCGUGUUUGGCUUCCGCCGGCAGAUCAAGAAGCGCCCCAUGUACACGUCGUCGGUGAUGCUGUCGCCGCACCUGCAGACUCUAGGCGCCCUCUCCUCUUCUCCUCACCCCUCCUCUUCCGUGGCCGAGCAGCUCUCCAGCCCUCUCCCGCUCUCGCCCACCACUUGCAACCCCCCUACCCUCUUCCCCGAGACGUGGUUGCCCAUGGCGACCAGCCAGGACUUCCUGCAGGUGCCGGUCUCCCGCGAGGACCGGAGCUACCGCACGGUGUACAGCCUGUUCCACAAGACGGUGUCGGAGACCAAGUUCAGGAUCCUCAAGAUCCUGCGGGUGCAGAACCCCUUCCUGUGGGAGAAAUACAAGAGGAAGAAGGAGUACAUGUCCCGGCGGCUCUCGGAGAUGGACCGCAUGCUGAGCGAGCGCCACCUGUUCCACGGCACCUCGGCCGACGUGGUGGAGGGCAUCUGCAAGCACAACUUCGACCCGCGCGUCUGCGGCAAGCACGCCACCAUGUUCGGCCAGGGCUCCUACUUCGCCCGCAAGGCUGUCUACUCCCACAACUUCUCCAAGCGCUCGCCCAAAGGGGUCCACUGCAUGUUCCUGGCCAAGGUCCUUACGGGCAGGUUCACGGUGGGUAACCCGUCCAUGCGGCGGCCCCCGCCCAUCAGCCCGCGGGACGCCUCCAGCGACCUGUACGACUCGUGCGUGGACAACUGGGUGGACCCCCAGAUCUACGUCAUCUUCAACGACGACCAGAGCUACCCCUACUUCAUCAUCCAGUACGAGGAGGUGCCCUGCACCGUGGCCGUGUGAGCGACGGGACCGGGGCCGGAACCAGCCCCCUCCCAUCCGCUCCCCGCCCCGACGCCCACCCCAGCCCGGAGCCUGGGGGCCGGUUAGCAUUUGGAUACGCUGUGAAAAACACAACAAAAAAAACAGGAUACAAGACGAAACAAAAAGAAAACAAACGGAUGCUUUAACCCGCCGUGGAACAGGGGGAUUCUGGGUAACGACGGGCACUGGGGAAUGCUUGACAUUUUAUGAUCCAGAGAGCAUCUACAAUAACAAGUGCUUCGACUCCUGGCCCAAAUACGAUGUGACCCAUAUAUGCACUGGACAGACGCACAGCGGAGGACGUCUGCGGCCUGCGCCCGCCGGCCGGCCCUUUCUACAGACCGCAGCACGUACAGACGGUCCACACUCUGUUGGGAUGGAAAAUAUUGUGACUGGACCUUAACCAACAUCUUUACCAAUGACUUCUCACGGAAACCAAUCCCUGUUACCGCACCCCAUCUGACCGGGGUCAAACUGACUCGGAACAAACUGGAUUGAACCGGUCCGGACCCGACCCGAACAGACGUCCCCCCCCCCCCCCCCCCUUCCCCACGAAUAUCCUGUUCGCUAAUAAGAAAAUAAAAUAAAAAUCGUAGUACUGUAAACCCACCGAAUGAGUGAACUUCUAUCUAGAGGCUGUAACAAAGGAAACCAUCAUCACCAAUGCGUAAACUAGUACUCGGAUCGUUGACUCUGGCCGCCCCCCCCCCCCUGUAGGUGUGUAUGUGGCUCCUCUACGUCACGGCCCCAGCCCGACCUGUUCUACGGGUUGGCGACCUGUGCCGCCGCUGUGAAAGACUCGACCGGCCCAGCUGGAAGCUCCUCAAGAAGGCUGUACUCAAACCACUGGAGGCCUGCACACCUAGCUACCACGGUGGUGCCAUCCAGCCCCCAUCCUCCACCCUCUGGAAGAGAGAAGUCACUGACAGUGAGAGUGGGUCGAGCCUUACCUUGACCUUUUUUUUUUUUGUUUUGUUUUAACAUUUUGUUUCUUUUUAGUUAUUUUACUGUGUUGUGUGAGUGGAUCUCUGGCAUUGAGGGCAGCCGUUCUGUGGCC